AUGACAUCGAUUCUUCCCUGUGCAGCCUGGGACAGUCAUCUCCAUGUCCUUGACCCACUCCGCUUCCCGUUCAAAGCCAACCGCGCCUACACCCCUCCGCCGGCAUUGCUCGAGUCGAUGGUGCAGCACAGAUAUACCGACAGACUGAUGCUGGUACAGGCAUCCAUAGAAGAUGGCCACACAGGGCUUAUAGCUCAUCUCACAGAAUGUCAAAAUCGUUACCCAUCAAUUAUAAUCCGCGGGACUAUCUGCUACGACCAAAAUUUCCUACAGAUGACAACGGAGGAGUUCCGCCGUUUACAUGAGGCCGGUGUGAGGUGUGUUCGCAUUCAUGGAAUCUACGGGGAAGGCAGUAAGCCAGGGGCGCAUGUGCUAGAGCAGAUCAGAGAUCUGUCUGCCUCCUAUGGAAUACGCGAGCUAGGGUGGACCAUUUCGGCCCAGCUUCCGUUGCGUACCUGGGCGUCCUUGAAGCCAUUCAUACUGGACUACGAAACACCGAACAAUGUGAUCCUCAUUGCAGACCAUAAUGGUUGCACUCAGCCGACAGAUAUAGACUGCGCUGAAUUUGGCGACUUUUUGGACAUGCUGGGGUCCGGGAAGCUGUACGUCAAGAUUGGUGCUCUGUAUCGUCGCAACCCGGAUGACUUCCACCAAAUGAAGGGGAUCGUCCAGGCACUGGCAAUGAAAGCACCCGACCGUCUUCUUUGGGGUAGUGAUUGGCCACACGUCAUGACGGGAGCUGGGACGACAUCUGUAGGAAGUGUGGAGGUGGAGCUGCUUGCGCUGCGGGAAUGGUUGUCCAAGACCGAGUGGUGCCAAAUGCUUGUUGACAAUCCACAGUUACUGUUCGAUACACGGUCAGUUCAGUGGAGUGUCCACGGCGCCAGUAAGGGCGAAAUGGAUAACGACGACAAGAACAAGAAUGCCUGGAUCGAAGAUGUCGCUGCCAACGAAUUUGCUCGAAAAACAGAGGUUGGACUGCGAAGGAAGAUUGACCGUCGCAUCUUGCCGUUGGUGCUGCUCAUAUAUCUGUUCAACUACCUGGAUCGAAACUCCAUUACCCAGGCUCGUGUCUACGGGCUACAGGAGGACACUCACCUAAAGGGGGCCGAGUAUCAGACCGUGAUCUCCAUUUUCUCGCCAAAGUGCAUGAUAGUCUGGGCCCUUAUCAACGGCUGCACAGCAGCAACCGACAACGUUGGCAGCAUCAUGGCUGUGCGCUUAUUUCUGGGAUUUGUCGAAGCGCCCUUUUUCCCGGGUGCAAUAUAUUUCCUCAGCUGUUGGUACACAAAAAAAGAACUUGGCGUUCGAACUGCCCUCCUUGUUCCAGGAAUUCUACUAUCGAACGCUUUUGCCGGUUUAAUAUCUGCCGGGAUUUUGACCGGAAUGAGCCACGCCACCCGUCUUGCCUCCUGGCGCUGGCUCUUCAUCAUCGAGGGCCUCGCUACCAUUGCCGUUGCACUCAUCGCCAUGGCCUUGCUCCCCGACUUUCCAGCUACAACAAAGUGGCUUACUGAAGCAGAGCGUGUCGUCGCACAGGCCCGCCUCGCAACGGAUGCAGGAUCAGAAUCUGCACCAGAAGAACAGAAAGUACCGCUCUCACAGGCCGUGGUCUGGGCGGCAAAGGAUGUGAGAACGUGGAUCUUUGCGUGCAUGCAAAUGGCAACCACAGCUACCAUAUCAUUCUCGCAUUUCUUUCCUACCCUCAUCAAAAGGAUUGGUUUCACUAACAACACCAACGUCCUUCUUCUGACUUCUCCGCCCUAUGUAGUUGGGUUCUUUUGGGCCGUGGGAUGGGGCUGGUGCGCGGACAGAUGGCAGAUUCGUUCGGUCCCCGCUGGUAUAUCACUGAGCGCCGCAAUUAUCGCAACUAUUCUGCUCAUUGCGGUACCAGAAUCCCUGAAGUGGGCGCAUUACACCUUUACUUUCUUGAUCUGCUGUGGUACGUACGGCGUAUAUGCUACUACCUACGCCUGGUUUUCUUCGACCAUUGUUCAACCUCCUGCAAAGAGGGCCGCAGCGAUCGGGAUGGCGAAUACCUGUGCAAAUAUUGCAAGUUUGUUUGCGAAUUUCUUCUGGCUGGAUCAGUAUGAGCCGACGUAUCGGGUGAGCUGGGGCUGCAUUCUGGCGUUUGAGUGGUUAGGAAUGGGAUGUAUCUUGGUUCUGAGAGUUUUGUUGAACAGGGCGAAUAGAAGGUUCGCGGAGUUGGCCGAAACCGUCGAUUCUAACGAUGGAUUGGCGAUGCAGAGACUCGAUCAGGACGAGCAGAGGGCUGUUUUGAAUGGGUUUAAGUAUGUCGUUUGA